GCUCCACACGGUGAGCUAUAAUAUUGGUCGCUUUACUUUAUGGGAACUGAUACUGCUUUUUUCAUUCAUUUCCAUUGCCAAAGUGUGAGCAAUAAUAUUGGUUGAUCAACAAUACAGUGUAGAGUCCAAUCCUUUCUGAUCUCAAAUUCCUUCUGGGUAGAGUUCCAAAAUCAAAGAGAGAGUAUGGCAGAUGCACUUGUUUCUGACCUUGUGAGUACCAUCUUGGGAAACUUGAAGUCUUACCUACUGCAAGAAUUUGGGUUAGCUUGGGGACUAAAGAAUGAGAUCAAGAAACUUAAGAGUAUUUUCACUACAAUCCAAGCUGUGCUUCAAGAUGCCGAGGCCAAACAAACCAAGAGUGCCGCUCUGCAGGAUUGGCUGAGUAAGCUUAAGGAUGCAGCCUAUGAUGCCGACAAUCUAUUGGACGAGUUUGCCACACAAGUUCUCAACCGAAGGGUAGACCGUCGAAGAGGUGGGAUAAACCAAGUAAGUGCCUUCUUCAAGCCUCGAAAUCCUUCCGUAUUCCGCUUAAGAAUGGCUCAUAAGGUGAAAGAUAUACGCGAGAGAUUUGACUCCAUUGCAGGGGAGAGAAUUAAGUUCCACUUGAAAGAGGGUGUUAUAGAUUCACAGGUUUAUGAUAUGGAGGGAAGAAAAACUGGCUCCCUUGUGAUUGAGUCAGAAAUCUACGGUAGAAAUAAGGAGAAAGAAAUGAUAGUAUAUGUGUUGCUUUCCAAUUUGAGAUAUCAAGAUGAUCUAUCUGUCUACGCCAUAUGGGGUAUGGGGGGACUUGGAAAGACCACACUUUCUCAGUUGGUCUACAAUGAUCCAAGGGUACAGGCUCACUUUGAGAUGAGGAUUUGGGUGUGUGUAUCUGAUGAUUUCAGCAUACAACGGCUGACCAAGGCAAUCAUCGAGUUGAUAGAAGGUGUUGGGUGCAAUAUCUCAGAAUUGGAUCUGCUGCAACGACGCCUCCAAGAAAGAUUGAGGGGGAAGAGAUUUUUACUUGUGCUAGAUGAUGUGUGGAACGAAGAAAAUGGGAAGUGGGAUAGACUAAAAGAUGUAUUGAGGUGUGGAUCAAAAGGAAGUAUGCUUAUAGUAACCACCAGGAUUGUGAAAGUUGCUCACAUGAUGGCUACGCUUCCAAUAUAUCACCUGGGAUAUUUGUCGGACGAUGAUUCUUGGACCUUAUUCAAGCGACGUGCAUUUGGGAAUGGGAGGGAGGAAAACUUAGAGUUGGAAACAAUCGGCAAAGCAAUAGUGAAGAAAUGUGGUGGGGUGCCCCUUGCAGUAAAAGCCCUUGGAAGCCUAAUGUGGUUUAAAAGCAACAUAAGUGAAUGGUUAUCUGUGAAAGAAAACUAUGAAAUGGAGGUGGACAUGCUGCUAGAGCUGUGGAUGGCAAACAACUUCAUUCCAUCCAAAGGACAAACAAAUCUACUUCUUAUGGCUCGUGAGUGUUUCGAUGAUCUGGUUUGCAGGUCUUUCUUUCAAGAUGUCAAGGAAAACUACAAAGGUGACUUGACGUGUAAAAUGCACGAUUUGAUGCAUGAUCUUGCCCAGUCUAUUAUGAUACGAGAAUGUUGUACAAUGGAGCAUGGUAAGGUGCUNCAUGAGUGUUUCGAUGAUCUGGUUUGCAGGUCUUUCUUUCAAGAUGUCCAGGAAAACUACAAAGGUGACUUGACGUGUAAAAUGCACGAUUUGAUGCAUGAUCUUGCCCAGUCUAUUAUGAUACGAGAAUGUUGUACAAUGGAGCAUGGUAAGGUGCUGAAAAUCCCAGAAAAGAUUCGCCAUUUGUCUUUCUAUAUGAGUAAUCCUGAGAGCAAGGAUAUGCCUGCAGAGCAAUCUUUGCGCUCCUUCAUUGUACUUUCAACGCCAGACGUCAAUUGCAUGGAUAAUUUGGCUACCUAUAUCUCAAAACAAAAGUACCUGAGGGUGUUGGCAGUUCGAGGGAUUCGCAUUGAAAAAUUAAUAUCUUCAAUAGGGAAUUUGAAGCAUCUUAGGUACCUUGACAUGUCCUGCAAUAAGAUGAAGGCUUUACCAGAAUCAACAACUUAUNUCGAGGGAUUCACAUUGAAAAAUUAA